UCAACGGAAACACGGACCACAUCACAGACAGGUAGAGGCAGACCUUGUGCCGUGAACGCUCAUCUCUGCAACACGUCGACAGCGCCUCUCCACUGGUGUUCAUCAGAACGCACGCCAUGGCUGAGUAUGACUACGUGGACCCCGGCUUCUUCAACACCUCCAGCGACGGCAGCCGGGGGCACGAACGCUUCUUGGAGUUCCGCAAGGUCUUUCUGCCCUGCAUGUACCUGGGGGUGUUCAUCUGUGGCCUGGCGGGGAACGCGCUGGUGCUGGUCAUCUACGUCUUCUACCAGAAGCUGAAGAGCCUGACGGACGUGUUCCUGGUGAACCUGCCCUUGGCCGACCUGGUGUUCGUCUGCACCCUGCCCUUCUGGGCCUACGCGAGCAUCCACGAGUGGGUCUUCGGCGACGUCCUGUGCAAGACCCUGCUGGGCAUCUACACCUUGAACUUCUACACAUCCAUGCUCAUCCUCGCCUGCGUCACCAUUGACCGCUUCGUCGCGGUGGCUCGGGCCACCAAGGCCUACAACCAGCAGGCGAGGCGGAUGGCCUGGGGCAAGGCCAUCUGUCUGUUCAUCUGGGGGGCCUCCCUGCUGCUUUCGCUGCCGCAGAUAAUCUACGGCCACGUCCUCUAUCUCGACAAGCUCGUCUGUGGUUAUCACGACGAGGAGAUUUCCACUGUGGUUCUCGCCACCCAGAUGACACUGGGGUUCUUCCUGCCCCUGGUCGCCAUGAUCGUCUGCUACUCGGUCAUAAUCAAGACUCUGCUUCGCGCCCGAGGCUUCAAGAAGCACAAGUCUCUGAAGGUCAUCUUCCUGGUGGUGGCCGCGUUCCUGCUGACCCAGACGCCCUUCAACCUCGUGAAGCUAAUCCGCAGCACGAACUGGGAGCACUACACCAUGACCAGCUUCCACUAUGCCAUCAUCGUGACGGAGGCCAUCGCCUACCUGCGGGCCUGCCUUAACCCCGUGCUCUAUGCCUUUGUUGGCUUGAAGUUUCGGAGGAACUUCUGGAAACUCGUGAAAGACCUCGGCUGCCUCCCUUACCUGGGGGUCUCAGGUCAAUGGAAGUCUUCCGACGAUGCCUCCAAGACCUGUUCUGCCUCGCAUCACGUGGAGGCCACCAGCAUGUUCCAGCUGUAGGCCUCGGCCGGGCUUGGAGAGCCGCUCAGGAGCUUAUAGGAGCAUGGCUGUGCGCUCUGGACGCGACGAGGAAGGCUUUGUUUAGGACUUACGCAUUCUCACGGAGAAGGCAUGCGGCAGCCGGUGUGGGAGCCUGCUUCUCGGGCAUGAACGCAAUCUGCUCUCUUCUCAAACCCUCAGGCCUAAAGCUCAGGGUUGGGGGAAGGGCUCUAAAACCCGGAAGGGCUUUCCUUCCUCCAUCCCCAAGAAUGCUGGCUCCGAGGGAAUGAAGUGCGACCCUUAAGACCUUAGGCCCUCCUCCGUGGGGGCUGGGACCGGAUGCUGAAGGGGGAGCAUGGCCACAAAACUGCUGAGGGCAGGUGACACUCCAGGCUCUCCGGUACAGAAGGUUCUUCUGGCCACUGGGAAGCGGGGAGACGAGAGCAGCCAUGAAAACGAGGGCUCGUCCAUCUGGCUCAGACCUCAAUCGCCAGGUACCUGACAGAAAUGAGAUCAGGUUCUGCCUCACCUUCGGGUUUCGCCUUUAUAUAGAGAGAUGAUUAUGUUCUCUUCGAUUAAUCUCGGAAGGAGGAACACCAGGGGACAUGAACGGGCCCAAACGAAUUACUCAGCUGAGGUCCCAGCGGUCCACAGGAUGCUAGGAGAACGUGCAAAGCAGAGUUUACGACCAUCAUGGAUCUAAGCAGCAGUUCUGAAUCGGAUUCUUGGGUGGGUUUGCUCAUUUGAAAACUAAGCUGUCCAACGCCCGACAUGCUCACAUGCAGAUAAAUCAUGUAUCAGUGUAUGUAGGAUACAAACACAUGCAUAUCAAAUGGCAUAUGUCUUUCGUGGCUGCAAAAUAAAACCCUUUUAAAGUCUCCAAGCUAUGUUUAUCCCCAGGCACGUUUUACUUUACCGUAUGCUUGGCACAUACUGGAGGUGAUUACUUGUGGGCUCAGAGCAUUGGGAAAGCAGUUAAAAUUGUGAACUUUGAGGGCGCGGCCCGAUCAAGGAAAUGGAACACACCAGUGAUAAUGCUUUCACCGUGGCUUUCAACCUCCUGCCCAAAAUGUGAGGUACACUCGUGUCACCUCUGUAACAUGGUCACACGAUGAAGCAGUUCUAAAUGGCAGACGCUUGUGUGUGGUUUUUAGAUU